UACAAACACUGAAUCACCCCUGCAGACAUGUGAGCUACAGUAUUGGUAGGGCUCCCUUUCCUUCCUUGCCUCAUCCUCACUGGACCUGCCUGAGACUCUCAGCAGCUCAAUCCACACUGGCACUCAGCAGUGUGCAAGCCCCCAGUUCCGCACUAGCUAGAAGCCUACAUUUCCGAUACUUGGGUGCAUUAGUGUUGCAGUCACACCGUGCAGCAGGGGCUGAGCAAUUUCCAAAUAGCUUAGUCUCAAAAUACUUUUCCUUCCCCCUAAUUACACUACAACCUCAUGGCGGGAUAACCACAUUGCUCAGGGGUGUGGAAAACUCACACCCCUUGGCAACCUAGAUUAUACCAACUUAGCCCCCACCGUAAACAGCACUAUAUCGACAGGAGGAUUUCCCCUGUUAAUAUAGCUACUGCCUCUCAUUGGAGUGGAUUAAUUAAAUCAACAGGAGAGCUCUCCUGUUGGCUUAGUGCAGCUCCACUAGAGAGCAUACAGUGGCGCAGCUGCAUGCACUGUAAGCUCUCUAGUGGAGUCAUCAUCGCCCCAGUCUGCAUGGAGAGUAGGCUGCAGAUUCACAGCCUUGCCAAUGAAAGAGUAAAGAGAACCUCCAGCUAAAUGGAUGAGAAGUGGACAAAGACAGCUUCUGGGAAGCUGGGCAUGAGAAUUUCUAAGCAAACACAUGUUUCCAUCAGUUGGAAGCUACAGAAUCCAGCUCCAUGAACCAACUGGGAUAGGUUAUAUGUAGGGGAAGACAAGUCUGAUCCAGCAGACACUCCUACCCAUCAGUAACAUUAUGCCCGAUCUUCAGGUGGAACUAUACACAUGACUAAAGAUACAUUUGUAUUGGCAGGCUCAAGCCUUAAUGUGCAAGGAAUGAUCUAAUGUAUGAACAAAAGCUGCAUUUCCAAGCGAAGCUUCUGCCAGCGUGCUGUGCCAUCCUGAGUGUUCAAUGCCUCCUCAGCUAAAUGAGACUCUGGCUUGAAUUGUUUUGGGGUUUUUUAUGCAAAGAAUGAAACAAAAGUCAGAGCGGGUGGAUGGACCUUCUCAUGGGCCUUAAUAAGCCCAACAUGAUUUACUAACCAAGUCAUUAUACUUCAUAACAGAAAGGGCCAAGCCUCUGCGGUACUCACAAAUGCAGCAUGAAUGGAGGCCAUCUGGCAGACCUGUACAGAAGCACCUGGCUCAGCUUACAGGUGCAGUGGGAAAUGGCUUGGUUCCCCUCCAACCAAACUACCUCUCCUACGCUCAUGGUUUGUAUGCUGCGUGGGUCCUAGGAUGUCAAGGUGGGUGAGGUAAUAUCUUUCAUUUAGUAGAAGCUGGUCCAAUAAAAACUACUACCUUACCCACCCUGUCUCCUACUCCCCACAGGAAUUGUGUACAAAUGGCCAAAUUCACAGGUGGCUGCCAAGGUACACUGUUCACAUUCUGGUGGGGCAGGGAGAGAUGCCACCUUAGCCUGGUCCCUGUCUCUUUCCUCUGGAGGAAGAGCAGGGGAGGAGCGCUAAUGAUACACGAUAACUAAGAGAUGGAAAGACGUUUCUCUUCAGUCUGCCUUCUCUGCAGCUACAGCCAAGGACAGGUAGUCUCAGCCUUAACACAGCACCUCUCUCCCUGCUGCUCCCUCUGCCCAGCAGGUAGGAUGGGGAUAGAGCUCUACCUGGACUUGCUCUCACCACCCUGCCGAUCCGUCUACAUCUUUGCCAAGAAGAACAACAUCCCCUUCACAUUCAAACAAAUGGAGGUACUCAAAGGGCAACAGCACAGUGUUGGAUUUGGCAAGGUGAACAUCCUAAGGAAAGUGCCAGCACUGAAGGAUGGAGGUUUCACCUUAGCAGAGAGCCCUGCAAUUCUUGCCUACCUGAGUCAGAAGUAUAAAACCCCUGACCACUGGUACCCAUUGGAUAUGAAGAAACGAGCCCGGGUAGAUGAAUACCUGUCCUGGCAACAUUCUGCCAUCCGGCCAAGUGUUUUGAAGAUAUUCUGGCUCAAGGUGGUGUUUCCUUUAUACAUGGACCAGACAGCUCCUGAAGAGAAGCUACAGGAAGCUUUAGAGGACCUGGCCAUUCCCCUGAAGCAGUUAGAGGAGAAGUUCCUGCAAGACAAACCCUUCCUUGUAGGCAACAUGAUUUCUCUGGCAGACCUGGUGGCAGUUACGGAGCUCAUGCAGCUCAUAGCAAUUGGUUAUAACAUCUUUGAGGACAUGCCCAAGCUGGUGGAGUGGCGCAAUCGAGUGGAGAAAGCUGUGGGGAAGGAGCUUUUCCAGGAGGCACAUAAAGUGAUCCUGAAUUUCCAGGAUUUGAACAGCAUGCUGAUUGAGCCACAACUAAAAGAGCAAAUGAAACCUAGGCUGCUGAAGAUGGUGGCCUGAAAUAUUUAUUUUAAAAAAUUGUAACAAUACAUUUAUUUCUUUUGCAUCUUCUGGUCUCCUAGCUCCAUGUGUGGCUGCUCUUAGAUGUGAGGGAAGAACUCCACAUCAUAUGGGAAAAGAAACACUUCCACGGCCCAUCUCUCUCUGCUCAGCUACAGAAACUGAGGAAGAGUCUUAAAAUGUAGCUGUAACUCCAAAAAAUGGUGCUGUAAAAGGGGUAGGUUCGUUGUUUACUGCCUUGAAGUGACUCCAGACCAAAUUGCUCAGAAGACUCUUGCAGAUAAACUAGUUUAACAGCAAUCCCUAUUCCUCCUAGAAAAUGCAGAGCAGGAAUCCUAGCAACCUGUGUGUAUCAAAAUAAACAAAAACUAUGGAGAUUGUUUCCAACUCUAAUUCAACCUUGUGCUCAGAGCCCUAAAGCUUUUCAUAGUGCUAUGUAACAAUCAUAUGUGUGAUAAAUAAAAAGGCAGCAAAUCCUGAGAUUUCCUUUCA